ACUUACGGUAACAAGCGUCAUGCUACCGGAAAGGCCAUUGUGUUGUCACUUUUACAAGCUAACCCUGCGAAUUAGUCGCGCUUUUUUCCUGACAUAAUUCAGGGCGGCAGCUGAGUGGAAAAUGUCUGCAGGUAUGCCGUCGUGCAGCUUAAACCUCGAGUCCCAGCUUUUGUCCAUAAUGGACGUGCUGGUAAAGGCUGCGGUGACGGAAAUCAGUCAGAUGUUCUCGGAGAACUCGGCGACCAUCCGGCUACAUCUGAGCCAGAGCCUGAAGGAAAACGAAGCCCUGAGGAUGAGGAUGAAGGUGAUGAGGAGUGAACUUUUCUCCCUCAGGCUGCAGACCAGGACGCAACGACCGCCCAGCCGAUUUUCCUUGAAAGGAAAUGUCCCUAAACCACGGACUAAACCACAAGUGGCUCAGAAGACUGUUGAGGAAGUUGUUUCUAUUUCUCUACAAUCGAAGGAGAAGACUUCCUCUGCCGCCUCUCGAUUAGAGUGUGCAGAUGUGAUCCUAAUCAAAGAUGAGGACGACUUUGGAGAAUGUGAGCAGGUUCAAGGUCAGGACCACUUUGGAAACCAAAGUAAGCAGAGUGGUAUUGCCACUGUGAAUGUAGAGCCUGCGGGUUCUUCCUGCUUAACAGAAAAUAAUGUGGAGCUGAGAAUCGUAAGUGUUCAUGGACGAGGGGAGGGGCCUCUGCAGGAGGAGAGCAGCCUCUUUAACAUCACUCAACUCCAGGCUUUUAGCUCUCUGUCUCCAGACCACAGCAUCCCUCAUGAUAGUAUUGCGGAUUUCACUUUGGGAUCCAAUGAUGGACCCUCGAUCAGAGGGAUGCAGAAUAACAGUGUUGUAGUGGACACUUCCGCCCAGGUGACUUCAGCAGCGUUGAAUCCUGCUAUAAAAACAAUAUUUUUAGAACCUGAUAGUCAUGCGGGGCCACCCAGUCAUAUCAGCCAGUUCCCCCAGCUGCAGAAUGUCUUCCCUCAAUCUGUUAACAAAUCCAUUGACUGUAGCUUCUGUGGGGAGCGUUUCCUCAGCCGCGAAGACCUAAUAGUACACCGGGCAAGUCACACAGGGGAGUCCCCUGUUUUAUGUUCAUUCUGCGGCAAGUCCUUCGUCAACAAGACUACACUGGGCAUCCACAUGCGCAUUCACACCGGGGAGAAGCCAUAUGCGUGUACACAGUGCGGGAAACGCUUCACACAGAACGGUAGCCUCAAGAUCCACCUGAGAACUCACUCUGGAGAGAAACCAUACACCUGCAAUCAUUGCACCGCAAGCUUCAACAACCCCAGCAACCUGCGCAGGCACAUGAGCCUACACAUCCCAAAUGGAGCACUCUGAUGAUGAGAGAACAAUGUUUUAGCGUGUUAUAUCACUGACACCUGUACCACAGAGUUUUUUUUCUUGAAAAAUGUGAUCUUGCCCUUUUUUAUUUUAUUUAUUUUUCCAAAGGUCAAAUGUUGACAUAUGUUAUAUAAUCACCUAAGACAAUUACUAAAAACGGGCAUACAACAUGAGCUGCUGGGCUUGCCACAACGAGCCAAUGGGCUUAGAUCAAUGAUAUCACACUGACAAGACGUCACACUGGCAAAUUUUUUUCGAGGGGGGCUAGAACUGAGUGUUACAUGCAGCUAAUGCUACAGCUAACAGGAGGACGUAGGAGAAGCUGCGUUUCUGCUGACUUUGAAUUUUUGCACAUAGAUGUGCCUAAACAUGCACAGGAGACUUGGAAAACACACUAAAGGGCAUAUAAAACCAGAAAAAGCAUAAUGUGGGCCCUUUAACUAUUGACAUCUUUCCAGUUAAAGGAACAAUGUUGUCGUUCAGACCAUCAUCUCUGUUAAAAGUGAUGAGACUUAAAAGCCUUUAAAAAAAAAAAUAGGAGACACAGCAAAAAGGAAAACUGAAAAUCCCCUUUUAAUUUUUUUCUGUGCCUGUUUGACUGCUAGAGAGUUUAUUUUUUAAAGCAAACUAACUUACAAAUGUUGUUACUCUCCAUUAAUCAAGGAAAAUACAAAGCAACUGUAUUUCAAUUUAAUCUUGUAAAUACUUUAUUUUUCUUCUACCUCAAUUAGCUCUGGGUAUCAUACUUUAGCUCAAUGCUCGGCAGACAAACAAGACAGACGCCGUGGUAGAAGUGUCAAGUCGCAGUGGAAGGUUAGGUCCUCUUAUAUCUCCAACUUUCGAUGUCUUUCUCAUGCUCUAUAGGAUUUUCAUUGAUAAAUGUCCUAAUGUAUUAAAGGCUUUCCUCGCUUAAGUUUAAUUGUUAAUCUUCCUGCCUUCUAGAGCACAUGGCUUUCACCUGGAGUCUACCUCAAUGCCAACAUGAGCACCUGAUAUCCCCCCUUUUCUACAUAUAUACAGUAUAUAAGGUGUUUUUUAAGUGAAUAAAAAAACAUUCAGUAUCUGAUCAAUAAUGGUUUUCUCAUAUCACACAGAUGGCAAAAAAACAAGAUUAACUGACAUGGCUCCUAUUCAUCACUCUGAACAUUUUAUUUUUGGAGGGGUCUUAAAAUUUGGGCUUACUGCCAUAAUUAAAGAGCCAUUUACAUGUUCUCUAUUUAUGUGUAUGUGUGCUUGUCCCAUUUGAAAGCAAACUACCUCUACUGCUGCCUCUUUUGUAGCUCUCUCCUUCUUUUUGUACUUCCAGGAUAGAUUUCAAGAGAGCAAUGAUUGAAGUGUGAAUGCUGUUCGUUUUUUGUUGUCAGGAAAUUAUAAAUAAACAUUGUUUCAUGUUUUGGUUUUACAAUG